AUUGCCCAUUUAGAUAAUUAUACAGUGCAACUCAUUUGAUUUCGAUCGUUGUAGGUUGUUCAUAAGAGAGAAGGCAAAAAUGCAGGCUGUUAAGGACAAGCUUGGUGAAAUGACCGCCAUGAAAAAGGUCAAGGAAGAGGCUAGGGCCGAAGAGAAGGCCGAGAAAGAAAUAGCUAAAGCCCGAGCAGACAUAGCUCAUGAGGUGAGAUUGGCAAAAGAGGCGGAAGCAACAAUGGUGCAUCAUGUCGCCAAGGCCGGAGAAAUUGCUAGAACCGGAGAACAAAUGGCGAAUGAGAAGUUAGCCAAGCUCAGGGAAUCUGAUCCAGCGGCCGGGGCAGGGGCAGGACGAGGGGGUGUUCCUAAUAACGCUGCUGCUAACCCUCUUCCUACUACUAACAUGUCUCCCCCAACUUACAACAAAAUGUCUUAAUUAUUUCAUUUUGCAUCAUCAUUCAUACUCUUUAACUAUAUACUAUAUAAUUAAGUACUUUGAUUCUAUUCGUUGCAUGCAUUGGGGUUUUAUAUGCAUGCAUGAAUAUCCUUGUAAUUGUCUAUGUUAAUUAACUUGUUCCUAAUAGUCUGUAAUAUAAUUUUGCACCCCGUAUGAGUGGUGUGUAUGUACAAUAUCCUGUUACUUUCCUUUUCUCUAUGCCCUAAUUUUGUAAUUUUUGUAUUUGUAAUGGAAAGUAUUAAAGUA